CACAACGAAAGUGCACUUUUUUUCCCACGAAGGCAUGAAUUAUGAUAUGAUAAUCAAGUUAGUUGGAAAGACUAUGUUUGUACUCCGUAUGCAACUCUCAUUUUUACUCAGUGUGAAGUUAACUAUAUCCCAUAUAGUAGUAUUUAGUUUUUUAUUUGGGUGAUUAAGUAGUGGUAAACAAGGAUAUGAAAAAUCAAAUGCACUACAAAUGAAAAGGUUAAACUAUCUCUGUGAGGUGGGGAAAAAUGGAAUAAUGGAUUAUCGUUGUCAAUGAUAAGUCUUUGUGGCACAUACAGACCCUAUUUUUACAUCUCUUUCCAUUGGUCCUACUCCUUUUAAACAAAUGUGUUUAAAUCUACUAUGAACUUUAUUACGGAGCAAGGAGAUUGUAUAGAUAAACUGUGUGUGUGUUAUAAUUUAGUUAUUGAAGCUUGAAUCUUUGGCAUUAUGGAAAGCAAUAGUAGGAUGAUUCUUUGAAAUUUAAUGGACAAGCUUUAUUCCCCCCUCCCCCCCAAAGGUUGAUUUAUAUGGACUGUAUUUGUAAAUUAGGAGGUUGAUGAGUUUAUAGUUGGGCUUCCCUUAUCCAGUGAUAGGAAGGAGACUCCACAAUCAAACAAAGUUCGAAGUGUUGUUGGUAGACUAGCAGUGCGAGCUGCUGAGAGGCAUCUUGCUGAUUAGCCAACUGAGGGGGCUGCCAAAGCGGUUUACAUUUUCAUUCCUCGAUACUCCAUUUUAGUUACGGUCUUAUCUUUAUGUCCAUUGCCAAUGGAGCUAAAAAGGGGAUGGAGAGUAUAUCUGCAGGAUGAGUAUGGGACAUCAAGUGAGGCUAUGGACCACAUGAUUACUAUGGGCCUCGGCAGAUCGACUCGUCAAGAGAAAUGUGAUGCCUAUGCAGCCGUGAUGUUGCUUGAGAGAUACUUCUCAAUGUCCGGUGAUGGAGUAGAACUUGUUGUACCCAAGCAACCUGAACUCCAAAUCAAGCUGAGAAAAGCCUCUUCCAUUGGCACUGAUGUUUUUCUGGAUUGAUUUCUCAAUUGAUGGAAACUUCAGCCUUCAGGAUUAUAAUGUGUAUAUUUGAGCAAGGGGACAAACAGGCCUUACUUUGCCUGCAUUGGAGCAGCUAUCAGCUACUUGAGUGUGCUCAAGUUCAUGGAGGUAGAGUUCACUUGGAUUUUCAUGUUAGUUUUCUUGUACAUUUUCACUCUUGUUUUUUUGCCACCAAGAAUAAUACAACAUUCCAAAUAUUGAGAGCUAUGUUAGUUGAGUAUGUUGUCAAUUGAAAUUCUAUUGUGUGUUGCUCUAUUGCUGAAUAUUCAUUUGUCUUAUAUUAAAAAUUCGGUUGCGUUUGAAUUUUGGGUUGUUUUUUUCGCUCCAAAAUGCUGGUUAGAGAUAGCGGUGACCAAGAAAUUAGUAAGCAUUGU